GGUUAAAACUGGCAAACAUAACACCAAUUGUAUCAGUAUGAAUUCUCAAAGCGAUUUAAAUGAAUUUCGCAAUACAUUUAACGAGAUAUUGUGUGCUAUUUGUCCCGAUCAUGAAACACAUGAAUUGGCUGAAGUAUAUUCAUGGAUAAGGGAAAGCAUAUUAUAUAACGUACCGCAUGGAAAAUUUAGCCGAGGUCUCACUGUGGUUUCGACAUAUAGAGCAAUAGUGGAGCAACAGGGUAAAACACCAACAUGUGAUGAAAUAAAACUAGCAAGUGCGUUAGGUUGGUCACUCGAGUUUCUACAUUCGGCUUAUUUAAUAACUGAUGAUAUGAUGGAUCAAUCGAUUACCCGGCGUAAUAAACCAUGCUGGUACAAAGUGGAGCAUGUUGGCUUAAGAUCAUGCAAUGAUGCCAAAGUAUUGGAACAGGAAGUAUAUCAUAUAAUUGAAAUAUUUUUCCACGAUAAACCAUGUUAUGGAAAAUUAAAUGACCUUCUACACGAGGCUGCAAGGUACAUUGUGUUUGGACAAUGUAUGGAUAUGACGUCUAACCCGACCGGCAAACGUCCAAAGUUUAAACUAUUUACAGACCAUAGAUAUGCGUCUAUUGCUAAAUACAAAACAUCGUUGUAUUCGUUUGUAUUGCCGGUUAGAAUCGGUACAUAUACAAUGUACAUGUCAUCGUACGAUUCACCCGAUGCUCAUAAAAUGGCUGAAGAAAUGCUCAUAAAAAUCGGACACUUAUAUCAACUACAAGACGAUUAUUUUGAUUGUUUCGGUGACCCGGAUAUAACCGGAAAAAUUGGACGGGAUAUACAGGAGGGAAAAUCUAGCUGGCCAAUUGUGACAGCAUUUAAAUUAUGUGAUCAGGAUCAACGGGAAACACUUGAGAAACACUAUUGUAUUGAUGAGGAUACAUCGGUGGCUAUUGUUAAAGAUAUUUUCACCAAGCUAAGUAUUAAGGAAUUGUAUUUAAAAGAAGAGACUGAGUAUUAUAAAAAUUUGUGUAAAUCUAUAAAUGAUUUAAAACUGAAAAAUCAAUUGUUAGCCAAUAUUUGCAAACAAUUUUUGGAUAUGAUUUAUAAACGAAAAAAC